GGGUUGGGGGUGCAGUCGGGGGCGCAGACCCACCUGCAGACGUGCUUCCCGCAAGUGACCUGCCUGCAGCUGCACUACGUGUGGGAGGCGGCGCCCCGCAAGCUGGCUGGCUGGACACGGCUGCGCUCGCUGAGCCUGGCGCACCCGGAGGAGGGGGCGGACUGGGGGCUGCUGCGCACCCUCACCGGCCUCACACAGCUGCGGCUCUCCCACGGCUCCUGCCCGCUGCUGCUGGCUGAGCUGCUGCACUACCUGCGCCCCCUCACCCGCCUCACCCGCCUCAACCUGACCGCGUGGCGCUGUGGCGGCUGGGAGCGGCAGCUUGCGGGCGGCGGUGACGGCAGGGGCGGCGGCCACAAUGGCAAUGACGACAGGGGCGGUGACAGCCUUGCCUCCUGCUCCCAGCCCUCCUCCUCCCAGCCCAGCACCUCCAUUCGCAGCAAGAUCGCAGCCCUGAUGGAGCCCGACCUGCACCGGGUCUGGCAGCGCAUGUGGGCCGCGUACGAAGGGUGCGGCACUGCAGCCCCCUCCGCCCCUCCUCCUCCCCCGCCACUGCCGCCUGCAGCCGCCACCACCACCGCAGCGGCCGGCACCAGCAGCGGCUCUGGCACCCCUGCCGCCGCCAGCAGCGCUGGCAGGUGCCCCGACACAGCCUCCGCCUCCGCCGCUGCAGCCGCCGGCACGUCUUCAUCCACCCCCUCCUCCUCCGGUGCUAGCAGCUCCACCGCAAACCGCGCAUGCAGCACCAGUGCUGCUGCCGGCACCAGUGCUGCCGGUGUGGCCGCCGUCUCCGCUGCUGGCGCCGCGCUGUCGCUGCUGCGCUUCCCGCCCCGCCUGCGCCGGCUGGAGCUGUGCGGCUGCGACAGCGCACUGCUGCUGGGGCUGAGCUGCUGCGGGGAGCACUUGCUGCGACGGGAGGAGGAGCAGGAGGCGGCGACUGCAGCUGCUGCUGCUGCUCCUCCUCCACCUGCGUCUGCACCGCAGUCGCGGCUAGACCGUGGUGGUGGUAGUGGUGGUAAGCUAGACGUUGACAGCAGUUACAGGCUGGACGGCGGCGGUGGCAGCGGUGGUGGUAAGCUAGACGGUGGCAGCGGUAGCGGUGG